UGACGAAGCAGCCGCAGAAGUCACGCAGGGAGCAAAACAAAGAGAGAAACAGGUUUAAAGAGGAGCUGCCAACUCAGAUUAAGACGGCAAAACUUCUGGUCGUCCAUAAAGCAGUGACUCUACAAGAGCGCAGCUGACACACUCUGGAUCUUCUCCUUCCUCUCCUUGUGCUGCCUCCUCUUUUUCAACGAGCCCAUGGAGGAGGUUUCUCCAGACACGGAAACCCCGUUGGCCCCCCAACCACCCCGGCUCCUGGAGCGGCGGGUUCGCCAGCCACAGCCGGCAGUCACCGUUCUCAAAUCAAAGCUGAAAAAUGGUCUGACCUGCUCUGGACCAAAGGUCCGGUCCACUCUGGUGGGGCUUUUCCCCGUGGUGCGCUGGCUACCAAAAUACAAGCUUAAAGAGUACAUCUGGGGCGAUGUGAUGUCUGGGGUCAUUGUUGGAAUCAUUCUGAUUCCACAGGCUAUCGCAUACUGCCUGUUAGCAGGAGUGCCACCCAUUUAUGGUCUGUACACCUCAUUUUACGCUAAUAUCAUCUACUUUCUCAUGGGCACGUCCAGACAUGUGUCUGUUGGGAUCUUCAGCCUCAUGAGUCUCAUGGUGGGACAGGUGGUGGUUAGGGAGGUUUUCCAGGCUGGUUUUGAUCUCAAUGAGGACUCCACACCAUCUCCUCAUGAACUGUUUAAUGCCACACUGGACUUGAACUUCACUCGUAAACCCGAGCUCACCGUGGAGCUGUUGGGUAUGCAGUUGGGGAAAGAUUCCUACGCCAUCGCCGUCGCAGCUGCUGUUACAUUUUUGGCUGGUGUCUAUCAGAUUUUGAUGGCGGUGUUUCGGCUGGGCUUCGUCUCUGUCUACCUCUCGGCCCCCAUGCUCGACGGGUUUGCCACAGGAGCUUCUGUCACCAUCCUAACUGUGCAGGCCAAAUACCUGUUGGGUCUAAAGAUUCCUCGUCAUCAGGGCUAUGGGACAGUAGUCGUUACCUGGUUUAACAUCUUCGCCAACAUUCACAAGACCAACUUGUGUGAUCUCAUCACAAGUGCCAUCUGCAUUACAAUUUUAGUUGCUGGGAAAGAGAUCCAGGACCGCUACAAGGACCGCCUAAAGAUCCCCUUACCUACAGAGCUGGUUGUCGUAGCAGGAGCUACGCUUGCUAGCCACUUUGGGGAGUUCAAUACCCGAUACCACUCCAGUGUUUCUGGUCACAUUCCCACAGGAUUCACUCCACCUCAGGUCCCUGCAUUCAGUAUUAUGCCACAAGUGGCACUGGAUGCCAUUCCUUUGGCAGUCAUUAGUUUUGCCUUCACCGUUUCGCUGUCUGAGAUGUUUGCAAAGAAACAUGGAUAUUCAGUUCGUCCCAACCAGGAGAUGGUGGCCAUUGGACUCUGUAAUGUCAUCCCCUCCUUCUUUCACUGUUUCACCACAAGCGCUGCACUGGCAAAAACGAUGGUGAAGGACUCAACUGGCUGCCAGACUCAGAUAUCCAGUCUGAUCAGUGCCAUUGUCGUCCUUCUUGUCCUCCUCUUCUUCGCUCCAUACUUUCAAGCCCUUCAGAAAUGUGUCCUUGCUUGCAUCAUCAUUGUGAGCCUUCGGGGAGCACUGAGGAAGUUCAGGGAUGUACCGGCCAAGUGGCGAGCAAGUCGAAUGGAUGCCAUUGUUUGGCUGGUUGCCAUGUCAGCCACAGCUCUGAUCAGCGUGGAGCUAGGCUUGCUUGUUGGCAUUGUCUUUUCAAUGAGCUGCAUCAUCUACAAAACCCAGAACCCAAAGGUCUCUCUCCUUGGCCGGGUCGACGACGUUGAUCUGUAUGAGGAUGUGGAGGAGUACAAGAAUCUAACAGCCCCAAGUCGGGUGAAGAUCUUCCGUUUCCAGGCUCCUCUGUACUUUGCCAAUAAGAACUCUUUCCUCAAAUCCCUCUACAAAGCUGUCGGAGUCGAACCUUUCUUGGAGCUGACAAAGAGGAAAAAGGCAGAGAAGAAGGAAAAAGACAAGUGCAAAAAGCAAGCCAAGACAAAUGGGGAGACAACCAACUUUGAUGUCUUUGUGGGGCUUGUCCAAAAAGAAUUAGAGUUCCACACUAUAGUUUUAGACUGCUCAGCCAUCCCUUUCAUUGACUCAACAGGCAUGGUCACUUUCAAAGCGCUGGUUAAGGAAUAUGAAGAAAUAGGUGUUAGUGUGCUUCUCGCAUGCUGCAACACCUCAGUCAUCGAUGCUCUCCAGAAGGGAGAAUUCUUUGGGAAGAAUAACAAAGACAUAAGUAGCCUGUUGUUUUAUACAGUUCAUGCUGCUGUUCUUCAUGCGAACAGAGCAGCAGAAGAAAAGAAGGCUGAGGAUUCUGUGGUGUAGAUUGACUGGAGGAAAUGGUUAUUUUCCUUUCAUCUUUGUGCUUAAAAGUGAUUGUAGGCCAUAACAAGGGUGUAUUGGGUAGCGCUGAAAGAAUAACAGGAAACUUUGUUCAUAAAACAAAGAGGUACGAAGAGUAGACUUAACAAAAUGAAGAAUGUGUGCAUAUAAUUGUAUCCCUUAGAGUAACAAUGAAAUAUGUUUUUUUUGGGAUAAAUGUGAAGGUCCAAAGAACUGGUUUGUAAAAAGCCAGCAAAUAUAUAUACUGAUGAACAAACUGUGUUUGGGAAAAUUCUCUCAAUGUUAAAUUUAUAUUUUUCUAAAAAGUGACUAAAGGUUGGAAGGGAAAGUGAUUAAAAUCAUUUCUUAAGAAUCAAUUAAAUCUGUCAAUGUGUUUUGGUUUACCAGGUUCGACUUUUGCUCUCCCAUUUUCCUGCAUUGUUACAGAUUUUUAUCUAUUACCUACACAAAGGACUGAGUCAUUGGUGGAAUAUUAAGGUGCUUUCUCCCAUGGAGUCUCUCCUUCCUUCCUUUCUGCACAGGGGAAAGGAACUCAACUAAAGGCUAAGCCAAACACACCCAUGGCUUUAUACACACGAGAGUGCCUGUGCAUUAUUUUUAAUUGUUAACUGUAGAUGUGUUCAACAUUUUUAUGAAGUCUGACUAGAUGUAUUUUGGAAUUGCUUUAGGAAUCUUGUCAGAGCAUUAAAGGAGGUAUUAAAACAGAUAUAGCACUCUUAAAUUUCUGAAGGAAAGCUUGUCUAACCUAACUGGAUCAUUGUUAGAAAUAUGUUCAGGUAGGAAUGAGUGGCUUUUAUUAUUGAUUUAUGAGUUUUCCACAAACACUUGUGGAAAAAUACAAGCAAUUUAGAGAGAACAUACAAAGUCCAUAUAGUUUUUACUCCAGACCUUCAGAGUCCAGACUUGUAGAUGUAGCCACCAUUUCCUUACGUGCCAACAGUCGCCUUUGCUAUAAAUAAUUUCUUAAAGGCUGGUUAAACUCUUCCUGACCAGCAGAAGAGAAGAAGGACUUUGCUCGUCCUGAGAAUCUUGCAUUUAGAAAACAGGUCAAUAGAGCACGCUUGUGCACAUGCUCUGUUCUGAACAGAGAGCAGGAGCUAUGAAAAAGGGUUUGAGUAUUAGAUCUUUUGGUGCUUUUAAAAUGUUUUGAAUUUUUACUAAGUAAUCCAGUGGCAGCAGGUGAUGUCUCCAGUGUAAAAUCUUUUUAAACUUUUUGGUUUUUUAAUCAAAAACUUUGUGACUAGUGAAUAAGCUCAACCUGCUGCGUUUUUAUUUUUUUUGUUAAACUACUGUUUUUCAUUGUCUCUUCUGCUGUUGAAAUCAAGACUGAUAGCACAUCUGACUGUACAAUGUGAAAAACCUUACAAUAAUAUGUAAACAUGUAAACAUGAUCAUAAAUAUGGACUGCAUUACUAUUUAUAUAAAUUAAUUAGUAGAUGCUUCCGCACAUUAAUUUAAUUUGUGUUUAGAGGUCUCUGUGUGUAAUUGUAACUUCUUUUUUUUAGCGUAGCCAUUCAGAAAAAUUUUGUAAUAUUCAGUACUUGCAAUAAAAAGAGUCUUUAGUA